AUGUCCGAAGAAGAAGAACAGCAAGAACAACUUCGACGACGUUUAGAAACCAAAGAGAUGGAACUUUUGGAAUUCGAACGGAUGUUACACACGCGAGAGAGGGAGUUUCGUUUGCAACAAGAGCUGAUCGAGUGUUUAGAGACGAGGAACCGAGAGUUGGAAGAGGAGAGGAGAGAGAUUUUAGGGGGAUCGUCGACGACUUUGGCGACUUUGAAAGGAGGAAACGACGAGGACAAAACCAAGACGGCGACGGUUGUGGAGGAGGAGGAGGAGGAAAAUUUGAGCUCGCCGGUGUACGACGCGGUGGCGUCCAUGUUCGGGAGGUUUACCGGGUUGGGAGGAACGACGACGACGACGACCGAUACCGCAGGAAACGCGAAAGUUUACGACGACGACGACGAGGACGAUUUUGAUGACGAAGUUCGCGAAAGAGGAGAACAAGAAGGCAUCGUGAACAUCGUCGUGAGCGAGGACGAAAACAACAAGAGCGGAGGACCGUCAUCAUCGAGGGUGAGUUUUGUCCCGGGUUUGGUGAGCGUAAAGGAUAAGAGAAGAUUGAUGUUUGCGGUGGUGGACGCGGAGAUUGACGCGACGCAGUUUGUUGGGUUGAGGAGGAUGAGUAAAGAAGAGAAGGAGAGAAUGACGACGACGACGACGACGACGAGCGGGAGUAGUAACGGCGAGAAACAACGCAACAGGCAUUUGAAAACGUUGGCGCAAUAUUUGAUGCAUCGAAGCGCGUCGCAGGAGAAUUUAGGAACGAUGACGACGACGAAUAGUGGUAGUAAUAGUAAAAACAAUAAUAAUGCAAAUAAUAGCAACGAUGAAGGUGAAAAUUUAUCAUCUUCUUCUUCGAUGGAAAUGUACGAGAUUUUGUGGAAGGAGGACGGGGAGAUGAAACGGCUAGCGUUUGAAGCGAACGCGGAGGGGUUCAUUCACGUAUCAAAGAGGGUGCAAAAAUGGAGCGAAGAGGCGAAGAUUGCGAUCAACGCGAUGCCUGCCGACACGAUACCGUCGUCGAAUGACGUCGUCAUCGUUGCCGCCGCCAGCUCGGCAGUAGAAAAAGAAGAAGAAGGAGAAAAGCAAACGAAGAGAAUACUAGAACCGAUGCCGAAAAGCCAAGUGUCGCAACAACCGGAACUGGUUGGGUACGCGGUGAAAAAUGCGCCAAUUAUCGACCAGAUGAUUCAAUCGUGUUUGAUCAGCGCGUUACCGUCCCGAUUUCGUCGGUCCGCGUGGACGUUGAAAUACUCCUCCAAACGCGACGGCAUUUCUUUACACUCGCUAUAUCGCGCCGUUCGACAUUCGCCCGCGACUGUUUUGGCGGUGAGAGAUACCAACGGGUACUGUUUCGGCGCGUUUUCCACCGAAGUCUGGUCGACGCAAAACGCCAACAGAUAUUUCGGUACCGGGGAAUCCUUCGUUUUUGCCAUCGAAAAAGACGGCGACGAUACGGUCACGUGCUUUAGUUGGUCCGGGAAAAACGAUUACUUUCAAAUCGCGAAAUCGGAAAGUUUAGGCGUCGGGGGAGGAAGUAAUUACGCGUUGUGGAUCGAUGAAGAUUUCACCCGAGGUAUUAGUGGCAGUUAUUGCGAAACGUACAAUUCGGAGUGUUUGGCGAGCGGGGAAGACUUUGACGUUUUGAACGUAGAAAUUUACGGCAUCGAUUAG